UGCAAAGUCGUCUCAUUUGGUACAUUUACACUUGCAUACACCAUGGACUCACAGCAGGAGGCAUUUGAAAGGUUCAAAGCUGCAAACUCAGGCAAAAGGUCAACACGAGAGGGUCAACAGUCAAGAAGUUCGAAGUUGAAGGAGGUUGACGGGCCACUGCCUGAUUUGUACUCGAUUCAUCGUGGCCAAGUUGUUCGUGUUGAAGAUUAUGGCGCAUUUGUACAAAUCCCAGGAUUCAGAAAACAAGGACUUGUCCAUAAGCGACAGACCAGUAAUCAUUUCACAGAGAACGUUUCAGAUGUGGUGGCCAGUGGGGAUCAUGUGUGGGUGAAAGUAACAAGUUUACAGGAUGGGAAGAUUGCUUUAUCGAUGAAGUAUGUCAGCCAAGGUGAUGGAACCGACCUUGACCCCAAUUUGGUUAAGUUGACGGGAGAGGAAGACAGGAAGAGGACUCAUACGACUUUUAUUGAUAAGCAGCCCAUAGCAAUUGAGGAAGGAGGAGUGUUUCUUAAAACAGUGUGUAAGAAAUGUGGCGCUUCUGGACAUUUAGCAACAGACUGCUUUUCAGCUGGUGAACAGUUUGAACUUUUGGCAGACGAAGACGAUGAAGCCACCCGGCAGAAUGUUGUUUCUGCGAAAGAGAGAAAACAUAAAAGCAGCAGAGAUAAACAUAAGCACAAUAAGGACAAGGACAAGGGCAGGGACAAGGACCGAUACAGGGACAAAGAAAGAGAAAGAGUAAAGGAGAGUAGACGCGAUUAUAAGGAUAGGAAAGACUCUUCAAGCUAUCAUCAGAAGGACAAUAGACGGAACCGGUCUAGAACUAGAAGCCCAAGUCCGAAGAGACGCAUGGACAAGCACUUCAGACCCCAAGUUGAAAACUUGGAGGAUGCUCUAGCGGUGAUGAGGGCCCACAAGCAUCGCCGGCACACCAAACGUGGCGAUGGUGGUGGGAGUGAGGAGGAGGACAAGAAAAAGGAGAGUAGGAAGCAGGGCUAUGGAGAAGGGCCUCGAUCCAGAUCACAUUCUCGAUCACGUUCGAGAUCCCCAAGAAGGAACGAUGGUCGCCGGACUGGACAUGAUCAUGGUCGCGAGCACGAGGGGCGCCAUGGUGGCAGCCGUAAUGAUAGACAGCAUAGAGACAGGCACGACCAUCGUUGCUAGACAAUAGCGAUAUAAAUUGGUCGGUAUGUAGCAACCAAAUGUAGCAACCAAAUGUGGCAACUUGUUUAGUUUAUUUGAAACUCCUAUCCUGCUG